AUGGACUCGGACCUCUUUGAUAACGUCAAUCCGGUGCACAUGUCUGCCGAAUCGUCCAGCAACGAUGAUUUUCUGCAGGGCGCACAAGGAUCGCCGUUCCGGCCGUUCAUGGAAAACAUCUAUCCUGGCGACGGCAUGAACCAGGACGACACAAUGUCGGGGGCCAUGCCUCCCUCGACGGCGACAGCCACCCAGCAGCCCACCAUGUCUGGCGCGCUUCCAGACGACGCAUCACAGGCGCCAGCGCAAGACAAGGAUGUCGCGCGCGACCUGUCGCCAAGCAUCGCGAUGCCAUCUGCGCCCGCGCCUGCGUCCGAGCCAGUGCGCGAGACCAUUGCGACGACGGACGAUACUCCCUCAAUUGAUACUACGCACGCGCCACCGUCGCCGGCGGGACACGCGACCGCCAACAGCACCACUACUGUCGAAGACGACUCGCCCUUCGACGAGGCUGCCCCCACGGCGGUGGCGGGAGGGCGAGAAGCGUCUAUCAACCUGGGCGACGACCAGUCCUGCGUGCGUACACAAGAAUCCACGGAGAUUACUGAGACCGAAAUCAACGGGCAAUCCGUCGUCGUCGAGUCCCACACAGAGGUCAUUGAGGAGACCCACAAAGAGGAGAAGACGGCGAGCGCGCCGCCUGAGCCGAUGUCUAUCGAAAAGCACGUGGAAACGGUCGUUGAGACACCAGUUCCCGCGGCGGACAUUGACCCUGAGACGCGCGGGGCUUUGAGGAUGGACACGGUCUGGGACGUUGCCGGAUCGCCACCAGCUGACACUAUUGAACUGGAGAUUCCGGAGCCCCCAUCACCAGACUCGGGAUCCGAUGCUCCGAUUCCGGCCGGGACACCUCAACAGCAGCACCAAGAGCCGAUCCUUGGCUCCAUGUCCGUCCCGCCCAAGAGAGGAGCUGCAGGUACCUCUACGGACUCCGGCGCCAAGCGACGUCGUCGCACGGCUGCUGAUAUGCUCGCCGAUGCUAGUAGUGCGUUUGUUUCAUCAGACUACAGCGACCGAAAGAAGCGCUCGGCGCCCAUCCAGUCAAGCAAUGCCAUGACUGCGACACCUGUCGAGACACCCGGUCGCAAGACCAAACCAGCUGCUGUACCGCGUGUGGCUACACUCAAGACGCCAAAGGCCAAGCCCACCGCUCGGAAGAGCAUGGCUGCAGGCAAAACGGCAUCACCAGCAGUCAAAGUCCGCACACCGCACUCUGCCCCUGGCAAAGUAGCUACAAAACUUCCCAAGAGCGCUGGAAAGACCCCCGUCAGUGCGAAGCGGCCGGUUCCUACCAUCACAGACGAGACGCCGAAGCGAAGGGGCAGACCCCCCAAGGCCCCCGACAGCGCCACAGCCGCACGCACGCCUGUCAAGACACCCGCAAAGGUUUCCCUGAAAGCCCCUGCCACAGAGCCUGCGCGCAGGGGGCGGCCAAUCAGUGCUGGCAAGCGCACGUCUCCUCUUAAGAAGCGACACUCCCUCUCUGCCCGCCUGUCCGCGCCCAAGGUUACCAAAGCCGACGCAAAGUCUACCCCUAAAGCCAAGGGGGCGACUACGCCCAAGAGCGGUGCGAAGGCCGAGGCCGUGCCCGCAGAGCCACCCAAACGUCGUGGUCGUCCCCCAAAGACUGCCCCCGACUCGGCCGACGUUGCGAAGAAAGCAUCUAGUGCAAAGUCGGAAGAGACGGCAUCCAAGCCAGCUCGCGGCCGGAAAGCAAAGGUCGAAACCGAAGCAGUGAAGCCGACUCGGGGCAAAGCGCCUGCGCCUGCCCCUAAACCCACACGAGGUCGGGCUGCCAAGGGAGCAGAGCCCGCCACGCCAGCACCAGCAGCAAAGCGACCCGGGAGGUCGGCAAAGGCCGAGGCAAAGGCCUCCAUGGCUGCUAUGACUACUACUGCGGCUAAAAAACCUAGGGCUGCCCCCAAGGCCAGCGAGACUGUGGCAGAUGCCCCCAAGAGAAGAGGCAGGCCACCCAAGGCCACUACCGCCGCGGCUGUGGCGCCCCCGGCGUCCAAGAAACGUGGACGCAGCACUGACGCCAAGGAAGACGUUGUCGAACCCGAGCCGAAAAAGCAAAAGACAACGCGCCAGACCAAGGCGUCUUCCGCGUCCAAACCCGCGCCUGAGCCCAAGCCUGAGCCAGUCAAGAAGAACAAGGGAGGUCGUCCGCCCAAGAAGACGCCCUCGACUGCGACCAAGCGCGAACCUGCUACUCAAAAGACCCAGGCACAAGACCCGGUCAAGCCAGGUCGCGGUCGCCCAAAGCAGACCCAGCCUGCAGCGCCCGAGCCCGCCGAGCCUACCCGUGGCCGAGGCCGUGCGGGCAUGGGGGAUGUGGCGCCGGUCAACGAGAAGCCGGCGGCCAAGGCUGCGAAGAACAGUGUGGCUUCUGGAAGAGUGACAAAGUCAAAGCCUGCGCCCAAGGGUGCUGCCGCUACUCGGAGUCUAAGGAGCAGGGCAUGA